AAGUAAAAAAGAUAAACGCUCUGACCUGAAUGUUCUUUUAGCAUUCAGCAAAGAUCGUCCACAAAUAUUAUUAUAAUGUACUUUUUAAUUUUAGCGGAAGUGCAUAAGGAACUCAAUUGAGAUAUGGGAAGCCAUACCGGGGGACAAUUGUGAAAUCUGUCUGGUGAACAAAUCAAUUACAGUUGGAUUUGAUAGACGCGACCCUGAUUUGGAAUGUAAAACUGCAUGUACUAAAAGAAUCCGUACAUGUUGUUCCUGUAUGAGGAACUCGUUUAUCAAUCCAGUCAAAUGUCACACAUGUGGAAGUACAAUCGAACCCUUCUUCAAUUCCAAAUGGGGUGCCAUUUUAGUAGCUGGAUAUGAUAAACAGUUUGGUAAAGUAUUUGAAGGCGAUAUCAACAAAUUUAGAGAAGUUAUAACAUCGAAGUUUCUGCCGGCAAUGUGUUUGAAUCAAGAAAAUGUGAUAGUUAUUCUGGGAGAACAAGAUAGUCCAUCCUUCAAGGACAAAUUAAAUGAAUCGUUUGAAAAGCUGCGCCAAAAGGAUAUCAAGACACUGCUUUUUGUUUAUUCGGGACACAACACGGAAGCCGGUGGUCUUGCUGUUAGAGAAAAUGAGUGUUAUACAAUUGAUGAACUAAGCAAGAAAGUAAAUACUUGGAAAGAAGAAUGCGCAUCCUUCGAAAAGCUGAUAGCUAUUUUGGACUGUUGUCAUGCGAAGAAACUGAAUGUUAUCGAUUCUUUAAAGAUGAUUCAACUGAAUGCGACCGACCAGUAUACUGAAGCAGUUGCAAGCCGUAAAGACGGAAGCAACUUCAUACAGUAUAUUAUACAGGUGUUCACAGCAAGUGCUAAUGGAGGAAAAUGCAAGUUUAAUGGAUGCAACUGUAUGAGCAACCUCGAUGAAGAUUUUAUUACUCUUGAUGAUUUUCUCCGUUGUUUGAAGGAUCAUGUUAGAAAUAAACAUUUGAAUGAAAAAAAAGAGUAUGCAUAUGCAGAACCACAUACAAAUAUGCAAAAUAUUGACAGGAAGGAUACUGUAUUAGCAUAUAACUACAACUUUGCAGUCGAGAUACAGUUUUCUUUAGAGUGGCCUGGAUUACCCGAACCAAGGACAAUAUCGGUGUUUCCAAAAGACUUAGAAAAAUUUGAAGGUCUGAAAACACAUUUAGCUGCCGAAGUUAUAAAUCAUGCUUUGAAUGUCAAAGCACAAGAUAAACCUCGAAAUGACAUCUUAGAUGGGAUUGCCAAAUUAAUGGUAUUUGAAAUUGACACCGGACCAAAUGCCAAACAUAAAGCAGAGAUGAGCUCAAAUGAACAGAUAUUAUCAGCAUGGAUUUCAAAGCGCCUUUUACGAUGUACUGCCCGUCGCCUCACAAACAUUGAACAAGGCAGACCUGUUGGCGGAUUUUUUCAAGAUGCUGGGAAUCUUCAGUCUGCAUAUAAAAAAUGCAAUCGAAAGAAAGCGAUGAGUAAACAAGAUCUGAUAGAUUACACAAAAUUGCUACGCGCGGAACAAAAGGAAAGAAACGAUUCGUGCGGAAAAUUUGCCAGUAAUUUGGACAUGAUAAUAUAUCAAACAAAUCAGUUGACAGACAAUUGUUUGGACAUCAAGUUGUUCGACAUGCAGAAUGGUCUCACACUUGUCUACAUGGAACUUGUUCAGAUGACUGGUGUACAGGAGACUACGUCACAUGGAUAACACGGACGUUAGUAUUUGCCCCUACUGCAUCUUGUGCAGUCAAGGGCUUUAAGUAUGACACACUUGCUCAUAUAAGUAAGUAAUGAAAAACCAAUAUUUUUAGCUGACCUGAGCUCGUAGUGAACCAGUAUGUGUAUGUCAUCCGGCGUCGUGCGGUGUGCGUGGUAAACUUAAGCUCGCUAUCACUUGAUAGGCCACAUCCUAUCUUGAAUGAACAUGCUCAUAACGAGCUUUCUAGGAAACGUAUAUAGUUAUUCGAAUUUGAUACUAUGCACCCAAAAUAAGUUCACUAGGUAAAAUCUUAGAAAAAACUUGAUACCAAUAUAGAAACUAUAACUAGUGCUUAAUCAUGAUGAAACUUGAACAAAUAAAGUCUUAACGCAGUUACCCCCCUUUAUAUACAAUAUUAUUCAUGACAGUUUUUAUUGUGUGGGACGUUUGUGUGUUAUUGGUGAUUGCGGUUUGAUUGUUUUAAUGCCCCUUUCGAAGAAGGCAGCAUAGUGCAGACUAUCCUUCAGUACGUCUUCACGUCUGUCAAACUGUAUGUCUUUUCGAAAUGUUCAUAUAUUGGUGGAUUUUGCAAUACUUGUGCGCAAAUGUCCACCAUUAAAAACCGACAUGUUACGUGUAGUACCCAUCUCCUUAGUAUGUGUUUGGGUCAUAAAGUCAGUGAUUAAGUUCGAACAUUAAUCUGCAAUUUAGGAGCAUUAUUCCGCUUUUUUACGUACACAAUUAGUUAAUGAACGUUCAACAUCUCUAUAUCACGGGUUUUACUACUGGUAUUGCAAAUAGGCCAAUUCCCAUCACUGUGACAUUAAAUAAAGCAUAAUUAUUCUCAUUUUUUCUCUAAAGAAUCUAGGUAAACUUUCGUUAUAUCACUCCUUUUUCUAGCUGACAGACCUAACAUGUGAUUGCCUUUGGGGCAUUGAGGUUACGGGCAAGGCGACUGUUGCUAAAAAUAUUAAACUAUUGCAUUCAGUGACUUAAGUUAGGGUGGCGAUAAAUCACUGUUACCAAUGUAAUGUCAUUUUGUUUGUAGGAAGCUUCCAUUCAGACCUAGGAUAGGAUUGCAAUUGGGGCAAGUAGGAUCAACUAACAGUUUCUUCUUUAACUAGGUAUAGAACAAUCGUUCCUGUUGAAUGACUCCAGUUUUAAGUGAAGUGUUGUGCUGUAGUUUUCUAAGCAGGAAGCUUUAAUGCAGACAUUGUUUGCAAAAUUAUUAAAUUCACCUAAAUUAUAAGUGAAAAUUAAAAUGUUAUUUCUGUGCAUGGUCACGUUUCAAAUAAGUCUUAGUGGUCAUUACAAUAGGUAAAUGGCAGAAAACGUACAUUAUACUAUCAAAGCGGGAGAAUAGU